CAACAGGUGGCAGCCCUGGUGGUGGCGGUGACCGCAAGCCUGGCUCUGGGCCUCCCUACAGACCCAUACGGCCAGCCAGUUUAUAAGUCGGAACCCAUCCCAUACAACUACGCCUACGGUGUCAAGGACGACUACGCUGGCACUGACUUCGGCCACAACGAGAACUCCGACGGGUCCACGGCGAAGGGCUCAUACAAUGUUGCUCUCCCUGACGGCCGCAUACAAACAGUGAACUACGUGGCUGACCACUACAACGGGUACCAGGCCCAGGUGAGCUACAAGGGCGAGGCCCAGUACCCACACCAGUACGGUCCAGCUGUCACCUUCAAGCCCCAGUACCAGCCCUCAUACCAACCCUCAUAUCCAUAGGUGUCAAAGACUGAUUUCUUUUAGCCAACUUUGUGAGCUAAUUCUUAUGUGUAAAUAUGACAAUUAAAUGUGAUAUCUAACGAUUUAUUUUAUUUGCCAAACCGUGACA